AUGGCUGCCUUGGGGCUCCCCAGCCCAGGGCUCCCCCAGGCAGGGCCGGACAAAGGGGCCGGGGCACGGAGCUGGGGGGAGGGGGCACGACCCCUUCGGGAGCGGAGGCAGGACCCCUCGGCCAGGGCAGGGCGGCGCUCUCACCACACAGGCCCGGCGGCUCCUGGCUCCUCGGCGGCUCCUCGGCGGCCUCGGGGACCGGGCCUGGGCCGGGGCCGGCCUCGGGCUCCCGGUGGCGGGCGGGCGGGCAGAGGGGGCGGCGCCUGGGAGGGCGCCUGUCGCGACAGGCCCGGGCGCUCUCGUGACAGCGGCGCAGGCCGGGCUCGGGCUCCCGGGGGGCCGGGGAGGGCUCCCGGGGCUCUGGGGCCAGAUGCGGCGGUUCCGCUCGCUCACUGCUCCGCGGAAGCGGCCCUGGCCGGCUCCAAGAUGGCGGCGGCGGCGGCGGCGGCGGCAGCGGCGGCGGCCUCGUCUGCGCCCCCGGCCCGGCCCCGCCCCGCCCGCGCGCCCCGGCCGCGCCCGCCCAUUGGCCGCGCCGCGCCGCUGCGCUCGGAUUCCAUUGGCCGCCCCGCUGGCAGCAGCCGCCGAUUGGGCGACAUCGAGCCCGGCCCGCCUCCCACCCCCUCCCUUCAGACUCCCACCCCCUCCAGGCACAACACGCCGGCGCGAGGACAGACGCGUCAGUCAAGCAGCCGUCGCGGCGCCAUAGGCUGGCGUUGUUCCUCCCCGCCCCACCUUCGCCCUAUUGGUCGGGGAGGCAGAGCCGGAGGCUGCAGCAUCAGUCAGAGCCUGGGCCAAGUUUCACGGGCUCUAGGUAGCGCCUACCCGCCUGCCAUUGGUCAAGGAAGGAAGCCUAGGCAGGGCUUCAUUGGUCCCAACCAUACCCCCCGUGGACAACAACACGGCAGUGUGAGGCUCGACGUGUCCGUCAGACGGGAACAGCCUCGCCGUUGGCCAACCCCCACUUCCGCCCCGCCUCCAGCGGCCCAGGGGUGUUCCCAAGCUUGUGAGACCCUCCGUACCUCCGCAGGGCCGUGUUCACAUCGUUCGCUCCGCUAUGGGCCGAGCGAUUCUGCCUGA